AUGCCUGAUAGCCCAGAGAAAAAGCAGACCAAAUGGAAAGCUGCUGACAAUGAUCUCACAGGCAUCAAGCCAAAGAAAUCACAAGCUCCUGAUGCAGAUGAUUCUCAACACCCUCAACAUUUGGGACGUCCAGGUGUGGGGAAGGGAGGCAGGAACAUUCAGUUAGAGCAACUAGAUGCUAUCAUGGAUGCUCCAUUGUGGACUAGCCAGCCCAAGGGCUCUCACUCCCUCAAUCCAACUUUACCAAUCAACCCUGUUGCUCCUGAACUGCCCCACAAGGGUCGUGGAAGUCAUUCAAAGGCAGAUUUCAUUUACUAUUCCCAGACCAUGGCCCAAAAAAAGACUGUUACUCCUCCCCUGAGUGUGAAGACACCCAUCAUACCCCCUGGCACAGAACCUGACCUCCAGUUGUUAAAUAACUCAUUUGUAGCUGCAGCUAAGCCAAAGGCAACACGUGUGGCUUCCAACACCUCCCAAUGCCAGCUUCCUGUCAACACUUCCAAUACAGCUGGUGGUCAUCUCACUACUAGUGGUGGACCUUUACCACAGACAGCAGUCUUGAGAACAGCCUCAACCACCUCAGCAGAUGCCCACUUUUACCAUAGUUUGGACCCUGCCCUCUGGCCAACUGGACCUCAACUUAUGGAAUCCGAAAGUUCUGACUCUAGUGAGGGUGACAGUUCCUCUGAUGAUGGUAGUGAAGACAAGCCCAUUGGUUGGAGGGCAGUUGGGGGGCAUCAUAGCAUGCACCCUGGUUUUUCUGGGGAAGUGCAACAACCCCAACCUAAGGUUGUGUCCACUCUUCCAACAGAUUUUCAAUUUCAAUUUUCACAUGACAAAGAUGACCAAGUGGCCAAGAAAACAUUUGCAGUCAAUGGCAACUCAAGCAAUAGUUCAUUGAUGGACAACAGGAAUUCUCCCGAGACAAACACUGGCAAGUCCAAGGUGAACGUGCAGGCAGUCAAAGGUGCAGCAAAAUCUAAGGAGGUUGAAGGGCCUAAUGCUACCCAGCUGUGUUGGUAUGGUCCCCACUGGAGAAGCUUCCUCCAGGAUGCCAAGGGAGGAUGCCAUGUGCAGCAAGCAUUAGAAAACCCCUUCCUGAAGCUUGUCAACAAUUUGCCAGUCUCUAUCAUGGAAUCUCUUUCAGCAUUGCUAAUACAAUGGCUCAAAAACAGCAGACAAGUUGAAGCUGAUAUGUUAUUUUUUCCCUUGAGAUAUCAUACUAAUCCACGACAUCUACCAGAUGUGUGGCCUGCUCACAAGCCUGACAUGGUGAGGCUGUUGUAUGAUGAUUUAGCAAUGUGGUGUUCUGACCUUAAGAAGGUCGCUAUUGCCAUCAUACCUUCCACAUACAAUCUUGUCCCCCCAGCCACCAUUCCUGUCCAGGAGCAUGCAGCUUGGGUUCAAAACACCACCACUGGUUUUCUAGAUGGUUCCAUGUUUCUUCAUGAUGGAGUGGAUGAACUUGGGAAAACCAAGAACUUUGCUCACCCUGGACUUCAUGAGGCCACCAUACUUUUCCUGUACACUGGGUCCUAUUGUAUUGCUCACAGGCGGCCUGAUAUAUUUCAGAAGGAGAUACCAUUAACCUGCUUAGCUCUUGUCUGCACAACAUUCAAUUGUGUCUUUGAUGGCCUCAUUAAGAACAGAAACAGCAAAUCUUUCCUGAAGUUCACUGCUAAGGAGUACGAGCCCAUUUAUAAAGCAAUGCUCAAGCUUCUUAAUGAUGUCAUGGACAACCCCUACCAUGGUCCAAGGCUGAUCAGAGGUCCAAUUAGCAUGAUUUCUGCGAAGACACAUACAGAGAAAAAUGAUGCUAUUGGGUAUGUACUGGAGGCAUCUGAUUUGAGUGCACUGUUAUUAUUGAUUGGAAACUCGUCCAAAGUUUGUUUUCUGGAUGUGCCAACAUGGAGUACAGUGGUGUUGGGCCUUGGAGAGCAGAAGGGUGGCUGA